AUGGGACUGGCUAUUCUUCAGGACUGGUGCAGGUGGUUGGGUGCCAAUGCCCAGCGCUCCCUGCUCAUCCUGGGUAUCCCCAAUGACUGUGAGGAAGAAGAAUUCCAGGAGGCUGUGCAGGCUGCCCUCACGCCCCUGGGCAGGUACCGAGUGCUUGGCAAGGUCUUCAGAAAAGAGAUCGGGGCAAAGGUCGCUUUGGUUGAAUUCGUUGACAAUUUAAACCAAAGUCUGAUCCCCCAACAAAUACCAAAUAAUAGGGGGCCCUGGACUGUGAUCUUCCUGCCUCAGGUCCCUGAUAUCGAGCUACAGGACACAUUCAAUUUCCCUGCACAGGCUCAUGGGCAAGCUUUGGAAGGGUCUUCAGGUGGGGCAGGGGCUUCAGGUAGGUCAGGGGCUACAAUGGAGGAAGGAGAUGUAGUUCGGGCUAUGGGUGAGGCAGGAGGAGCAGCUGAGGAAGGAGGCUCUGGGAGCGAUGAGGGGUCCGCAGGGGAUGAAGGCUCUGUGGAUGAUGGAGGGGCCGUGGGAGAAGCAGGAGCUGCAGGAGAGGAUGAGGCAGGAGCAGUAGGUGAGGCAAGACUGUCAGAUGAGGAGGGAGCUGCAGGUGACAUGGGAGUUGCAGGCAUUCUAGGAGCCGUGGGAUUGGCAGGAGCCGCAGGGGAGGCAGGAGGCUCAGGUGAGGAAGGGCCCUUUGAUGUGGCAGGAGGGGCACGUGGGGCUGGAGCCUGGACCCAGCAGUGGGGCCAAGCCGUGCCGCCCAUCCUGGAAAACAUGGCCUACCAGGAGCUGAGGCACUUCUCUGGGAUGGAAGAGCCCGGCUGUGGGGGUCUGUCUUUCGAGAGCUGGUUGGACCACGCCAGUGACAUGCUAUACAUGUGGCGCCACAUAUCCGAGACGGAACGGCGUCGGCGGCUGGUCGAGAGCUUGGGCGGCCCUGCCCUGGAUCUCCUGUGUGAGCUUCUGGAAGAGAAUCCAGACACCCCUGUGCAGGACUGCCUGGCUGCACUGGUACAGGUGUUUGGCAACAAGGAUCCCGUGAUGACCGCGCAGAUGAAGUUCCUGACUUGCUCCCAAGGGCCUCAGGAGACGCUCUUUGCCUAUGUGAUGCGCCUGGAAGGUCUGCUGCAGAUGGCCGUGGAGAAGGGGGCCAUUCAGCCUGCAAUGGUGGAUCAGGUGAGGGCACGGCAGGUGCUAAUGCGAGCCCGGCCCAACCAGAUGCUCCAGAACAACCUGAGAAGGAUGCGACUGGAGAGGCGGCCACCUGGCUUUGUUGGGCUGCUCAGACUUGUUCGGGAGACUGAGGCAUGGGAGGCAGCGCUGGUAGAAAAUGCAGUGGUCCAAGUAGGGGAAGGGGUGGAAGUGCAUGGUGGAGAGCUGGAUGUGGUCCAGGCUGCCCUUGUUGGUGUUGGGGGCACUGAGCCUGCUCCUGCUGUUAGAGAGGCCCUUCCAGCCAGUGAAGCUGCUGGCCAGGCUGCUGCUGCUGUUCUUGAGCAAGCUGCUGAGGCUGCUGCUGAUAUUGAUGGUGCUACAAAGGCAGGCCUUGAUUCUGACGAGGCCAAGGUCUUCCCUGUCACCAACAGAGAUGAAAAUGUGUUGGCCCCUUCUGGCUCAGGCCAGGCAGGACCCACUGAGGGUCCAGGUAUGCCUGAGAGCUUGGCCAGUGCAGGAGAGCAAGAAGUAGAGCCUGUACCUGAGGGGCUGAAGGAAGAGUCAGAAAAUGAGGAUGGGGCAUGGGAAGGUAGUCACCCCAAAUCCUUUGGCAAAUAG